AUGACGGUCUCACCGCCAGCGUCGCCGACGGGUCUUCCCCCGCGACCCAUCAGCGCGGUAAUGCGCACGCCGCGCAGCAACAGUCGCAUGAGCAUGAGUAGUAGACAUGGUGGAAGCCGAGCGUCAGAUGAGGAUGGCAAGACAGCGGUCAAAGUCGCCGUUCGUGUGCGACCGCCCCUGAGGCCGACCGACCCCGGUUAUGAGUUGAUCCCGCAGCGAUUUCAGCGCUCGAUGGUUCAUGUCACCGCCCCGACGAGUCUCGCCGUCGAUGUCCCCCAAGGCCGCAAAUUGUUUGUGUUCGAUCGCGUCUUCCCCGAGACCGUGGAUCAGGAUGGGAUCUGGGACUACCUCGAUGACAGCGUCAGCUCUUUUUUGCAGGGGUACAAUGUCUCCCUGUUGGCAUACGGCCAGUCCGGUGCUGGAAAGUCGUACACAAUGGGCACAUCGGGACCGCAUGAGCAAAAUGAUGGGGAGGCCAUGGGUAUCAUUCCCCGUGCGGCACAGGUCUUGUUCGAUCAGUUGGACGGACCCUCCAAACACAAUCGCAAUGGCUCUAGCUCGACGGGCCUUCGCACCCCGCAGCGAUAUUCAAUGAGCUCGGCGUCGAGCUUCGGCAAGUUGAACCUGGAAAAGAGCUGGCAACUCAAGGCUACCUAUGUCGAGAUCUACAAUGAACAACUCAGAGACCUGCUGCUUCCCGAUUCGACUCCUACGAGCGAUCGCAGCUCCGUAACAAUCCGCGAAGAUGCCAAAGGCCGCAUCAUCCUCACGGGUCUGCACCAAGUCAACAUCAAUUCCUUCGAGGAUCUCAUAGGCGCGCUGAACUUUGGCUCUGCGAUCCGUCAGACCGACUCGACCGCCAUCAACGCCAAGUCAUCCCGUUCGCACGCUGUCUUUAGCUUGAAUCUCGUCCAGCGCAAGUCGCCAUCGCACCAGAACAGUUCCCCCAAGGAGAAGCGCAUGUCGAUGCCGGUUGACUCGUAUCCCAGUGCCGACUCGGUCACGGUCGAUAGCAAGCUCCACUUUGUGGAUUUGGCAGGUAGCGAACGUCUGAAGAACACGGGUGCCUCUGGUGAACGCGCCCGUGAAGGUAUCUCUAUUAACGCGGGUCUGGCGGCGCUUGGCAAGGUUAUCUCGCAGCUCUCUUCGCGCCAGUCUGGUUCGCAUGUGUCGUACCGCGACUCCAAGCUCACCCGUUUGCUCCAAGACUCUCUGGGUGGUAAUGCCAUCACCUACAUGAUUGCUUGCGUUACCCCGGCUGAGUUCCAUUUGAGUGAAACCCUGAACACCGUCCAAUAUGCCCAGCGUGCCAGAGCCAUCCAAAGCAAGCCCCGCAUCCAACAAGUUGCCGAUGACGGUGACAAGCAGGCUCUGAUUGACCGCCUCAAGGCUGAGGUGGCCUUCUUGCGCCAGCAAAUCCGCAAUGCCGAGGGAUCUGAGCGACGAGAGGUGGGAUCCGCGGAACGAACGGAGCGCAAGAACGAGCGCGAGAUGCAUUUGCAGAACCAGCUUCUCGAUGCCCAGGAGAGCUACAAUGCUCUCAGUCAACGUCACACUAAGCUGAUUUCGCAUCUCGCUAACGACUCGGAGGAGGCUGCCAACGGCGAAACAGACGAAGCUACCUCUGAUGUGAGCAAGAGCUCUAUUGAGAGGAUGCAGCGAUCUCGUUCCUUCGCCGAAUCCGUGGAAAUGGUCGUUCUCGAGUACGAAAAGACUAUUCAGAGCCUGGAAGCUUCACUUUCCGACACGCGUUCGUCUCUCUCCACCACUGAAAGCACUCUCUUGGAACGGGAAACCAAGUGCGCCUACGUCGAGACCGUCAACACCCAGCUCCAGUCGCGUGUUCAAAAGCUGCUAGAUCGGGAGGCCAGCGCAGAGACGUACCUGCAUGAACUUGAAUCCAAGCUAGAUAGUCACUCUACGGGUGAAGAGAAGCAUGCUGCCAUUAUCUCUGAGCUGCGCAAGGAGCUUACGCGCGCCCGCGAAAGUGAAGCCGGCUGUGAGGAAUACAUUUCCACCUUGGAAGAGCGACUUGCCGAGGCCGACCAAGACAUGGAGCUCAUGCAGCGCGAGGUGAUGCGCCUGGAGCACGUCAUCGAGCGUCAGCGAGGUCUCGGAAAGCUGGAUAACCUACUCAAUGAACUUGAUCAUAUCCACCAAAAUGGCAACAAGGAUCAUGAUGGCACUAACGGGGUCGAACCUUCUCCCAAGCAUCUGUCAAUCAAGAGCACGCACUUCUCCCACAAGCACACUCCCUCUCUUGACGUUCUCAGCGAGGCUGUCGAAACAGCUAUUCCCGAAUCCGAUGAAGGAUUGUCUGACCCUACCCUAGACACAGUGGAAGAGCCUGUUGCAGAGCCUGAGCAAACCACUCAAGCUCCCGGCGAAGACUUGAGAGUACUGGAAGAUGUGACUAACCAGCUGGAGGCGCGACGCUCGGAAGCCAUUCGCGAAGACCCAGCUACAAGCCCUGCGCAGUCCAAGUUCGUUGCUGACAAGCUCGAGACCGUGACCCAGGAGCUCUUUGAUCUGCGUUUGCAGCACGAGACAACCAUGGGUGACUAUGAAUCGUUGGAAUCCAAGUAUGAGGAGGCUCUCAAGGCUCUUUCCGAGCUUCGACAGGACAAGGUGGACGAAGCUCGUCACCCCCCCCCCUCGGUGCAGAAUGAAAAUUCGCGCCCAGUCUCUUUUUUAGAGGAUGGAAGCGCUCCGAACUUGAAGUCUGGAGCACAACACUCAUUCUCGCAAUCGCUCUCCUCGGAAUUAUCCUCGGCCGAGGUGCCAGCUGCUUCGCGCGAGCCUUCUGAAGACUCCAAGCUGGAGAACGGAGAAGAGACCGCAACUCCGGUCGUCGCAUCUGCACCUCGGGAAUUGCAGUCCGAUGAUGUUGAAAGCAUGCGCAAGAUGCUUUCCGAACACCAGGAAGGUGCUGACCGUAUGACCCUGAAAUACUCGGAGCUCCAGACUGAGCACGAGGAGAUUCUUGGCCUGGUUGAGAAGCUGAAGGCGGAGGUUCAGCGCGGCAAGUCCAGCUCCCCUACGACUCCUGGCUUCAAGAUGAUCCGCCGCAUGACCAGCCAAAACCUUCUCUCUGGUGUCGAUCGUGCCCACCGGUCCUUUACUGCGCUGCGGACUCUUGCCAAUGAGGAGCUUGCAAGUCGACCAGAAGCUCUGCAGAAUUUUGAAAUCCACCUGGACGCGAGCAUGCAUGAAUUGCAAACCCGUGUGGAGCGCCUCCAAUCCUUAGAGGCUGAGAACCAGAGCGUGAAGAAGGAGAUGGAAACUAAGGCCACUAUCAUCUCCGGCCUCACCAGGGAACGGUCGAGUUUGCAGGGUGCUUCUUCCGUGGACAUGGCCCUGGUCACCCAACUUCGUGACCAAGUCGUGACCCAGGAGAACCAGAUCAGUGAGCUCCGCCAAGCCCAUGAAACCCGGGAGAAGGAGCUUUUGGAUGAGAUCGAGACUCUCAAUGGUCUUCUCAAGUCUCAGGAAAUGGCCACCAGGGCGUUGGAUGCUGGUGCUGAAGAGCAGGACAAGAGAAUUGGCAUGUUAGAGGGCGAACUCACCGAAUGGCAGGGUAAGCACCAGAACGCCAUUGGAUCUCUGCAGUCUUCUGAGAAGCAACUCGCCACUACCCUUGCUGAACUCGAGACCGCCUUGGCCUCCGUGGAGGCGAUGCGCGUAGAGCGCGCUGCUGCAGGCGAUGAUGCCUCUGCGGACAAGGAAGCCGUUGCGCAAGAGCUGGAGAGUGAGCGUGCUAAACAGCAGGAGCUUGUGGACGGCUUGAAGAAGGACAUCGAAGAGCACAAAUCCACUAUUUCCACUCAAUUGGAGACCAUCGCUGGCUUGGAGAAGUCGCACUCCGCCGCCCAAGAGCAGCUGUCCAGUGCCAAGGAAACCGAUAGCAGCGCUGUUGACUCGCACACCUCUCGUAUUGCCGAGCUCGAGCAGGAAAUCUCGACUCACAAAUCGGCAAUUGAUUCGCACAACUCUGGCUUGGAAUCUCUCCGUGACUCUCACAAGCGUGAAUUGGCAGAGUUGGAAGAGCGAACCAGAGCUGCUGUCCAGGCUGACCACGAAUCACGGAUUUCUGAAAAAGAUGCCGAGCGUGAUCGGUCGAUGGCAUCUCUGCAGAAGGAAAUCUCCGAGUCGCGUGAUGAGUUGGUGAAACUGCUUAAGGCAGUUUCAGGACUGCUCAACUCCGACGUCACGGCUGAGACGCUGACGGACCAGAUCCAGGACGUCUUGGCCCAGAAGCAGCAUUUCUCGGACAAAUAUGCCGAGCUGAUGGGUACCAAUAAUGAUCUUCGCAAGCAGCUGGACUCCAAUGGUGACCACGAGCGCCGUCUGGAGGAGCUGACGAAGAAGAACACCGCUCAGGACGCCAAGGUAAACGAGCUGGCUCUCUUGGUUGCCACCCUGGAGGACACUCUUCGCCAGCGGGAUGAGCAGGUCAAGAAGAAGGAAGCUCUGGUAGAGGAAAUUACGUCCGAGAAGGAGAAGAGUGUCCGUUUGGUGGAGGAGCUGGAGGAACAAAUCACCAGCAGCUUCGACCAGCACCACAACCGUCUCUCUGUUAUCCAGCAGGAGCGCGACCAGGCCUUGGAAGACGCCAAGGCUAAGAUCGUCAUUUACGAGAGAGACAUUGAGACUUACCGCGUGCGCAUCGAGCAGCUGGAGCUUCAACUCAAGAACAGCGGAACCCAGGAUGGCUCGCAUGAUCGCAGCAGCUCUCUGACAUCCAACCUCCGCAAGAGCUCUUCUGCAGCCUCUCUCCCAUCUCCACCGCCCGCCAUUCCCCUGCCGCCUCUGCCAAGCAUCGCCUCUGCCACGAACGGCACGAACAGCGUGUCUCCGCCAAGCUCUCGACAUGCUAGCAAGGAGCUGGUGAAUGCCCAGCUUGUCGAGGACCAGGAAGCGCGGAUCCGGACGAUCGAGAAGCACCUGUACGCUGAGAAGCAGCUCACCGCCACCUUGGAAGAGGCCCUUGGCGACCUCGAGGCCCAGAGCAGCAAGGUUAAGACCGACUGCGAGGCCUGGAAGAAGAAGGCCUGGCAAGUUGAAGACGAGCUGUCCACCCUCCGCAAGGAGCGCAACUCCGCUCGUCUCUCUCUCCAGGCUGUCGAGGAGGAGCGGAGUGCCCGGCGCGAAGCCGAGGCUGCGCGGGCUCAGCUGGAAGAGCGGAUGAACGCGCUCAACAAGAAAAAGAAGAAGAGCACACUCAACUGCUUCUAG